UUGUAUUAAAUUAGGCCAAUGCACUUUCUCUAACACUUGAACAAUACACAGCAUGUCUAAUUUUACCUUACCCCUGAACUUGGCGCCUAAUGAAUCGAGUCCGGAAUGGAUGAACAAGGCUGAUAAUGCAUGGCAACUUGUUGCAGCAACUAUGGUUGGUCUGCAGAGCGUGCCUGGCCUUAUAAUUCUUUACGGAGGAGCUGUCAAGAAGAAAUGGGCCGUGAAUUCGGCUUUUAUGGCACUAUAUGCAUUUGCAUGUGUGCUUGUUUGUUGGGUAUGCUGGGGGUAUAGGCUUUCCUUUGGCGAAAAAUUUAUUCCUGUCUGGGGACAAGUUAAUGUUGCAUUGAAUCAAGAGUAUCUUCUGGGGCCGGCUUUUUCGGGGGCCUUUCCUGUUUCGACGAUGGUGUUUUUUCAGUUUGUUUUUGCGGCCAUUACUUUGAUUUUGAUUGCUGGGGCCUUGUUGGGGCGCAUGAAUUUCUAUGCUUGGAUGCUGUUUGUGCCCUUGUGGCUAACGUUUUCGUAUACAUUUGUAGCGUUUUCGAUCUGGUCACUUGAAGGGUGGCUGGCACUUAAAGGCAUUAUUGACUAUUCUGGUGGUUAUGUCAUUCACUUGUCUUCUGGAGUUGCUGGUUUCACAGCUGCAUAUUGGGUCGGUCCUAGAUUAACCAAAGACAGGGAAAGAUUUCCUCCAAACAACAUAAUACUGAUGUUGGCUGGAGCAGGACUUCUGUGGAUGGGGUGGACUGGUUUCAAUGGCGGUGACCCCUACAGUGUCAGUACGGAUGCUUCGUUGGCUGUUUUGAACACUCAUAUUUGUGCUGCGACAAGUUUGUUGACCUGGCUUUUUUUGGAUAUUAUAUUUUUUCGAAAAGCUUCUGUAAUUGGCGCUGUUCAAGGCAUGAUCACUGGUCUAGUUUGCAUCACUCCUGCAGCCGGUGUUGUAGAAGGAUGGGCCGCAAUAAUCAUGGGAAUUUGCUCUGGCUCGAUCCCCUGGUUCACGAUGAUGGUUGUGCACAAAAGAUCAGAACUUCUACAAAGAGUUGAUGACACGAUGGCAGUGUUUCACACACACGCCAUAGCUGGCUGCCUUGGUGGAAUUCUCACUGGUCUCUUUGCAAAGCCUUCCUUAUGCAACUUGUUCUAUGCAAAAUAUGCGCACUAUGUAGGCCUUUUCUACGGUUUUAGGGAAGGAAGGGUUCAUGCCGGAUUUAGACAAAUAGGAAUCCAGCUUCUUGGUAUUCUUUUUGUUGUGGUUGUUAAUGUUGUUGUUACAAGUUUGGUAUGUCUUUUGGUUCAACUCAUCUUCCCAUUGAGAAUGUCCGAUGAAGAUAUGGAGGUCGGAGAUGAUGCUAUCCAUGGAGAAGAAGCUUAUGCUAUAUGGGGAGACGGUGAGAAGCUUGAUGCUGCAAGUUACUAGACUCUGGCUUAAAUUCAACUUGGCUUUGUAUUCAAAAUUUGGACUAAGAACUAUAAAACUUAGUUUCAUCUUGAACCAAAUUGUAUCUCUGUUUCGACUUAUUGAACCCUACAUCAGCCAAAUUGGCUGGCAAGGAUCACAUUAGUUGCGUUCACUCUUUGGUAAUUCAUGUCAAGAGAGCUUACUUUUUAAUAAUCCAUUGGGAUCAAUAGGAAUAAAAUUCUGGCGAAUUUGACUCAACAAGAUAUGUAUUCUUCAUAUUCACUGUAACAAGAUGAGCAAUGUGACCGAAUGCUUUCUUCA